UAUGGGACUAUAUGAAAAAAAAGGGUUAUAAAAGUUCCGUGCCUAUACCAACGCCGAUGCUCACAAACCGGCAUAUUGAGUUGAGAAAAGCAUGGGUACAGGAACAUGUGAAUGACAAUUGGAACCGAACAAUAUUCACGGAUGAGACAGCCUUUGAUCUCUACCGAAACAAAGUUCGUCGUUGGCACAAAAUUGGAGAUAGGCCCGUUCGUAAAUUACCUAAAUCCCGUCAGAAGGUAAUGGCGUGGGGCGGUAUUUCUCGAAUGGGAAAAACUCCCUUGUUUUGUUUUUCGAAUAUUAUGGAUGGUCCUUUUUACGUGAGAAUAUUGCAACCAGAAUUCAACAGACAGGUUCAAUAUAACUAG